AAUUGGAAAAGCAAAGCAAAGUCCGCGCCGCGUUUUUCGUAUAUAAGUUGCCACAAUUUGGUAGUCGAAAUCAGAAUCAACUCGUUCGCUGAGUAUUCAACACUACUUCUCCUUCAACAACCCAGCUUCAAAACCCACCCCAAAACAACCAACAUGAAGUUCGCCGUUGCCGUAGUCAUGUUCGUGUGCGCCCUGGCUGGAGCUCAUGCCUCGUGGGCCCAGAUCGCUCCCGGUGUGUCCUAUGUGAGCCCCGUGGCCCAUGGUGGACCUGGUCUGUGGAACGGAGCCUGGAACGGCGCCUGGAACGGUGCCUGGAACGGCGCCUGGAACAACGGCUGGAACGGUGCCCACUGGGGUGCCCCUGCCGCCGUGGCCGUCCAUGCCAGCGCCGCUGCUCCCUGGGGUCUGACCGGUGCCGGAUGGCACGGCGCUGCCGUUCCCGGAAUCAACCUCGCCCAGGGACCUGGUCUGGCCGCCGGCCAUGGCCAUGAGGGCGUCUAUGUGGCCAAGACCCGUGGUGCCAUCCACACCGCUCCCCUUGCCGGACACAUCAACUCCGCCACCUCCGUGAACGUGGCCCCCGCCCCGGGAACUCUGUAAGUCGGGAACUACCUACCCAGUAACCCAAACCGAUGCCAAACGGAGCGGAUGGAUGGCAGUAUCUACCACUGAUCUCCAACUGCUUCAGCGACUUACCACGACUACUCCAACCGGAUAAAUACCCAUCUCUCUCUGUACACUUAUUGUUAAGCACACCGCUCUUAGUCCCCCCGAUACGAACACGAUCCUGAUCUUGGGUCCAUGUCCAUAUCCUCUUGGACAUUUCCCAACGCACUCAGCAAUAUAUAAGUCCAACAGCAAUUACAACAACUACAACAAACCAACAAACGA